AUGGGCGAGACGCUCGCCCACCCCCCCCAGGUCCGCCGCGGCCCCCCAGGGAGCCGUGACGGCGACGGGAAAGAGGGGGGGGUGCGGUGUACGGGUCCCCUCGGUGCGCCGCGCCAGGCCACGGAGCAUGGCCGGGGCGGGGCCGUGGCAGGGUCGAGCAGGGCCGAAAGGGCGGCGACGGGGCCGCAAGUGGCGGCGACGGGGCCGCUGGAGGCGGCGACGGGGCCGAUAGGAUAA